UCCAAGCACGCGCGCCCCCACGUCGUCUUGUCCGGGCAACUCGUGACGCUUCGCCUGGCCCCUGUUUGCCCCGCCCAUCCUUUCAGUUGUUUUCUUCCGGGGACGGCACCGCAGUCUUCCCCCACGCGGCGGAGGGUACACAACCUCCGCUGCGGCUCUUCGCCCUCCUCGGCCCCCAACACGCGGCUCCCCCCUCCGCACCGCAGGUUGCCCCGCAGAAUCCCUCCGGCAACUGCAGUUUGCCCCCUGUUUUCCUGCCUUUACCGUCUUUUUUUCUCUCUCCCCCAACUUCGCCUCCGCUGCUUCCCCCGGAGCUGCAAGGGCCGGCCGGGGCCUCAGCCGCGCGGCACCAGAGACGCCGUCCCGCCGUGCGACGGUCCCUCAGCGCCAGCGAGCGCCCACCCCGCGCCCACGCGCCUCCACACAAAGCCGGUACGCCGGCAGCUUGAGGAUGCCCUCGAGCAGCGCCGGGUCCGCGACGUACUCGCCGCGUCGCGAACAAACUCCCGCAUCGGCACGUUGCGG